AUGGUUGCCCUCAACUGGGUACUCUUCGUCGUGGGCCUGGUCACUUAUCAGCUCGUGAACCGAUGUGCGCAACAGAUUGUCAAACGAACCAAUCCUGACUUCUACAUGACGUUGAAAGCGGAUAAGCAUCGCAAGCUGGCUCCUUAUUUUGUCUUCCCACUGGGCUUCUUCUUCACGUUGCUCACAACACCGAUCUGCAUUGCGGCAUACAAUGAUACGUCCUCCGUCACCGACAUCUUUGGCCUCGACCGCCCCUUCACUACCAACGGCAAGAUUUGCCUAGCCUCCAGGGCCAUUCUCUGGACCUCUGAGCUGCCACUCCUCAGCUAUUCUCCAGAAUACAUCGCCCACCACAUCCUCUCCCUCUCAUCACUCGGUCUCUUCCUCAUCGGCAAGGGCCCGAGACGACCUCUCUAUCUAAUCUACGCUGGCUUAGUGACGGAGCUCUUGUCCGACAGCGCCGUGUUAAUGCGAUUCCACGGCCGCACGCCGUCAAGCUCGCCCAUACUCCGGAAUAUCCUCUUUGCGAAUGUGGUUUCGAUGGUACUGCUCAGACUUCUCCCAAUCAUCGCACACAGCGCGGCAAUGUCGGAAACAAGAGCAGAUUAUCUCGGCGGGAUCGCAUCUUAUUGCAUUCACAUAUCCCGGCUAAGCUUUGUGCAGCUGGGGGCCCUGGGAUAC